GUGGAGGAGGGAGGAGAUACUCACAGGAAAAAAAGAUCUCUACUCACUAGCCAUUCUACUCAGAACAGUGCUUCAGAAAUGGAAAUAGCCGAGCAAAGACAAGAAAAGGACGUACAGGAAAUGGAAAAAACGGAGCUGCAACAGCAACAAUGGCGGCAAGAGGAGGAGGACGAGACUGCAGUGGCCUUGCAAGAAAGGUGGUCUUGGCAACCCAGUGCUAUAGUUGUCAACAGUACCGGCGGCGUUAAUGUAUUGUUUCCCCUCUCAGAAGAGCCCCACAACCACAAUGGAUUUAAAAAACAUGGGCAAGAGGCGCUUCAAGAUGGCGACAAAGACGGCAAUGGGAUGGAAGAAGAUUCGAAAGCAAUAUCUGGGAAGAACGUUUAUUAUGACAAAGACCAAGGGAUAUGGAAAUGCCGAAACUGCUGUUGGAUGUACCAAAGUGGAAGUCCUUGGACUGGUCAUACUCCGCAUCCUAAGUUUUGGCACUUACAUAUGCUGUUGAAUACCAAAAUCAUAAACCAAGAGGGACAAUGUUUCUUUUGCAAAUUUGAAGGUACUGAAUCCGUUGAUGGAUUUUCCGCGACAGAAAACAAUGGCCUUCUAUUUUCUGCUUCUGAGAGAAGUUCCAGAGAUGAUGGAUUAGUUGCUGCAACGGAGAAUUUUGAUGAUCAAGAGAGUCAAAGCCAUGCAAUUAACCAUCAAACAAAGGAAAUCUCGAAUGAUGGAAGCUUUUCUCAUGUAGGCUUUCUGCCUUCAGGAAAAUCGGAAAUCUCGAAUGGUGGAAGCUUUUCUCAUUUAGGCUUUCUGCCUUCAGGAAAAUCAGAAAUCUCGAAUGAUGGAAGCUUUUCUCAUGUAGGCUUUCUGCCUUCAGCAAAAUCGGAAAUCUCGAAUGAUGGAAGCUUUUCUCAUGUAGGCUUUCUGCCUUCAGGAAAAUCAGAAAUCUCGAAUGGUGGAAGCUUUUCUCAUUUAGGCCUUCUGCCUUCUGAAAAAUCAAGUGAAAAACAUAAAACAAAUAAAUCUUGUAGUGAUAUAACAGUAACAUUUGAUGAUGAGCAGACAGUGGAAAUUGAUCGUGAAUUGACUGAAUUUGAUGUUGAGAGAGUAUUGGAGAAGCAGAACACACAUGAUUUAUACUGUCCUAAAUGUAAUUCUUGCAUUACCGGAAGGGUUAUUCUUCACAAAAGAAAACGCAGCAUUAGGAUUCCUGAGGAAGAUAAAAAGCGUAACAAAGGACAACCACUAGGUGCAUCUCAGUUAGAUGCCAGUAUUGCCCCUGCACAAAAUUAUCAAGGUCAUAAUACAGUUGAUAAUUCCUUGGAUGGUAGUCUGAUUCCUGAAGCCAAUGGCCAUCAUUCGGGCCAAGAGCCAGAGGUGUUCAGAUGUUUUUCAUGCUUCAGCUUUUUCAUACCUCCAGGUAGUGAGUUUAAACUGUUCAAGAAACUUGGGGAUAAAAGUGAGAAGGAAAACAUACAAAGUCCUCGGCCAAUAUCUGAGGUGAAGAAAAAUUGGUUUUCCCGUCUUUUCUCAUCACAUGCAGAAACAGUGCUUGUUGCUCAAGGAAGUGAUCACAUGGCAGAUGUUGGAAAAAGUAGUGUUGAAGCAUCAGAAAAAGUAACAGAAAGAGGCUUAGAUGGUACAGACUCCAUCCUGUUAUUGUCAAAACCAGCUUCAGUACUUGGAGAGUCAGAUAUCAGUGAGAAUGUGGAUAUUCUAGCAGAUCUUUCUGAGAAUGGGCAAAACGUUGAUGCCAGUCCUUCCACAAAGCCUCUAGUGGAAUAUCAAAAUACAGAAGUCAAGAUAAGUCAUAAUGGAAGUGGUCACAUGGCAGAUGUGGAAAAAAGUAGUGUUGAAGCAUCAGAAAAAGUAACAGAAAGAGACACAGCCGGAAUCCUUCUUCAACAGAAAGCUUUGGGGCACAUUCUGAAACCUGUCAAAAACGCUACUUUUGAACAUAACCAAGAAGGACUGAGGAUUCUGGUUCAUUCAAGCACAGAUUCUUUAGUUGUUGAGGAAUCCCAUAUGGGUGAGAAACUCAAUGUGGCUAUAAAAAGUAAACCUGCAGGUAGUGGGUUUAAACUGUUCAAGAAACUUUGGGAUAAAAGUGAGAAGGAAAACAUACAAAGUCCUCGGCCAAUUUCUGAGGUGAAGAAAAAUUGGUUUUCCCAUCUUUUCUCAUCACAUGCAGAAACAGUGCUUGUUGCUCAAGGAAGUGGUCACAUGGCAGAUGUGGAAAACAGUAGUGUUGAAGCAUCAAAAAAAGAAAUUAAAUCACCUCAUCAAUCAUUUGAUGGUCAAGGAGUUAUGAAGGUAUCUGGUGAACCUCAGAGAGGUGGGGAUGACAAAACAGAAGAGAAACUAGAUCAUGUAACAGAAAGAGGCACAGAGGGGGCUGUUCUGGAUCCUGCUGAUUUGGGUACUGUUUAUGAGUUGGAUAUGUCAAACUCUCCUGAUGAAAUUCAACAGGAUAACGGAAGUGAUAAUCCAGCAACACAACUUGCUGGGAAAGGUAGGGAGCACAUUCUGAAACCUGUCGAAAACGCUACCUUUGAACUUAACCAAGAUGGACUGAAGAUUCUGGUUCAUUCAAGCACAGAUUCUUUAACUGUUGGGAAAUCCCACAUGGAUGAGAAACUCAAUGUGGCAAUAAAAAGUAAACCUGCAGAUGGUACAGACUCCAUCCUGUUAUUGUCAAAACCAGCUUCAGUACUUGGAGAGUCAGAUAUCAGUGAGAAAGUGGAUAUUCUAGCAGAUCCUUCCACAAAACCUGUAGUGGAAUAUCAAAAUACAGAAGUCAAGAUAAGUCGUAAUGCGAACUACUCUGAAGCUUCUCAGCAUGCCACUAUAGGUACAAACAUGAGCAUCCAUAUAGAGGAACCCUUGAAAGCUGAUAGCAAUUCCUUGGUCUUAUCCAUACAGGAUGAUUUAUUGCUUCAAGACAGUCAAGUCAACAGUGCUAACUAUUUGAAGAGCAUGUCACCAAAAAGCAGUCCAGGUACUGAUGCAAUCAUUGCUGUCCAAGAAAGACCUGUUGAGCCAGCAGCUGCUCAGGGAGUACAAGAUAUUAUUCCUUCUGCAAAAACAAAACCUUUUCCACAUAGAGAGAGUGCUGAAGCUAGAGGAUUUCAUGGAAUGGAUAUAAUAAAAAGCAUCGUAUAUGGUGGUUUGGUUGAAUCAAUUACAAGCAUAGGCGUGGUGUUAUCUGCAGCUGGUGCUGAUGCCACCACGUUGAACAUAUUGGCUCUGGGAUUGGCUAAUCUGAUUGGAGGACUUUUUGUCAUUGGACACAAUUUGUGGGAGCUGAAAAAUGAUCAUUCUGGGAGUAGCAUCUCCACUGAAACAGCUGAGGAUGCAUCUGAUCAAACUAGCAAGCAACGAGAUCGUUAUCAAGAGUUACUGGGGCAGAGGGGCAAAUUCUCGCUUCACGCACCAUUUGCCAUCUUAUCAUAUCUCAUAUUUGGCUUGCUGCCUCCUGUCAUCUAUGGGUUCUCGUUUCGUGAGAGUGACAACAGGGAUUUCAAACUCAUCGCUGUUGCGGCGUCCUCUCUUCUUUGCAUCAUACUACUUGCUACCGGGAAGGCUUACACUCAGAGGCCGCCCAGGUCUUACAUAAAAACAGUAAUGUACUACGUGGUAGCGGGGUUUAUGGCCUCAGGUGUAUCCUACGCAGUAGGUGAUCUAAUCAAGGAACUCCUGGAGAAACUUGGUUGGUUGAGUUCUGAUUCUGCCCUCGCCUUGACAAUACCAUUGCAGCAGCAAGCAUGGGGAGACUAUCGAGAUCACUGAUUUCAUUCCCCUUCUUCAUCUCUUUCUCUCUCACUGGGGGUUAAUUUCCAUAUGUUUGCGUUGCAAGCUACUACUUAGGAUAGACAGCUGCUUGAACCAUUUGAGUUAAAUAACAUGUCACGGCAUUUUAUA